CCUUUACUUCACGAAGCUCGUGUUCAAUUUCUGAUCAAAAUUUGUUCACUAGCUGCCCAAUUUCCUGUGUAUGGAUUGUUUGACCAUGUUGGCCAAUGGCUUGGAAAAGUAACCAGUGAUGAAUUAAAACGUAGUUAUGCUGAACAAAUUGUUUCUGAAUUGGUGGAAGUACGAACAUUUACUCCCAAUUGUUAAUUAUUCUUUUGAAUUUUGUGCUAACUUUAUCGUCUUUGCAAUAAGCAAAGAAACGUUAGGUCCAGUUAUGGCUUUAAUUAUUGGUGAAUGGUUAUGUCACCGUGUUGAUCAAUUUUUGCGUUAUUUAAGUUUUUGUACGCAUUUGAGUCUUCCUUUUUGUGGGCAGGUAAAAUUUAAAAGCAAUUUUUGA